AUGGCGGCGGCCGCGCGGAGGGGCCCGGCUCCGGGCUGUGUGACCUUUGAGGACGUGGCUGUCCGCUUCUCCUGGGAAGAGUGGGGUCUCCUUGAUGAAGCCCAGAGACUCCUGUACCGUGAUGUGAUGCUGGAGAACUUUGCACUGAUGGCCUCUCUGGGACUCGCGUCUUCCAGGACUCAUGAAAUUACCCAGUUGGAGUGGUGGAGACAGCCCUCCUUGCCUCCCCGUGGAGUCAUGACUGCAGCCAUGCCAAGAGGUUUGCGGCGUAGAGCAGAGGUCGAGGACGCGCCUUCUGGGCAGAGUGUUUAUGUAGAAGGAGUGUUCAGAGCAAAACUUCAACAGCAGAAGCUGCACCGUGGAGAGAGAUCUUUAAGGAGAGAAGAGGGCGGGGAGGGUGGGAAGGACUUCCCAGUUAGUGCUGGUUUUCUUAACCAUCAGGUGACCCACAGUGGAGGGAAGCCACAUAGGAGCACCGAAGGUGGGGAGGCCUUCCAGCCUGGAAAAAGGCAUUACGAAUGCAGUGAAUGUGGGAAAGCCUUUGGUCAGAAAUACUUACUUGUUCAGCACCAGAGACUACAUACUGGAGAAAAGCCUUAUGAGUGCAGUGAAUGCGGGAAGUUAUUUAGCCAUAAAUCAAACCUUUUUAUACACCAAAUAGUUCACACUGGAGAAAGGCCUUACGGGUGUAGGGAGUGUGGAAAAUCUUUUAGCCGCAAUGCCGACCUCAUCCAACACCAGAGAGUCCACACUGGAGAAAAGCCUUUUACAUGCAGUGAAUGUGGAAAAGCUUUCAGGCAUAAUUCCACGCUGGUUCAGCAUCACAGGAUCCACACUGGAGUGAGGCCUUAUGAGUGCAGCCAAUGUGGGAAAUUCUUUAGCUUUAACUCAAGCCUCAUGAAACACCAGAGAGUUCACACUGGAGAAAGACCUUAUAAGUGCAGUGAAUGUGGGAAAUUCUAUAGCCACAAGUCAAGCCUUAUUAAUCACUGGAGGGUUCACACUGGAGAAAGGCCUUACGAGUGCAGCGAAUGUGGGAAAUUUUUUAGCCAAAGCUCUAGCCUCAUGCAACAUCGAAAAGUUCACACUGGAGAAAAGCCUUUUAAGUGCAACGAAUGUGGGAGAUUCUUCAGUGAGAAUUCCAGCCUCGUUAAACACCAGAGGGUUCACACUGGAGUGAGACCUUAUGAGUGCAGGGAAUGUGGGAAGUUUUUUCGCCACAGCUCCAGCCUUGUUAAACACCGGAGGAUUCACACUGGAGAAAUGCCUUAUGAGUGCAGUAAUUGUGGGAAAUCCUUUAGCCAGCGUUUCAACCUCAUUCAACACCAGAAAGUUCACAGUGGAGAAAGGUCUUGA